AUGUGGGAUAAACUUGAGGUCACUUAUGAAGGAACAUCAAAAGUAAGAGAAACAAAAAUUGAUGCUCUAAGACACGACUAUGAAGCUUUCAUGAUGAAAGAUGAUGAGAACAUCGAAUCAAUGUUCACAAGAUUCAGCAAGAUUAUUGGAGAACUCAAGUCGCUUGGAGUAACCUAUACCAACUCUCAACAAGUUAGAAAGCUUGUCAGAAGUCUGCCAAAGACUUGGGAAACCAAAGCCAUUGUUCUUGAAGACGGAAAUCUGGAUAAAUUCACUUAUGAUGAAUUAAGAGGAAAUCUUAUAGCUUUUGAAAAGAAUCAUAUCCAAAGAUACCAGAAGGACGAAAAGAAGAAAGUGGUCGCAUUCAAGGCUCAAGUUGAGGAAUCUGAUGAUGAUGAUUUUAAAGAAGAAGAAGUAGCCAUGAUUUCGAGGCAUGUGAUAGAAGCUAUGAGAAGAUCAAGAAGUAACAGAAAAGGAAGCUCAAACUUUAGAAAAGGCAAGGCACCCACUGGACAGCCAAAGAAUGACGGAAAAUGUUUUGAAUGUGGAAAAUAUGGCCAUAUUGCGUCUGAAUGUCCUGAGAUAAGAAAGAAACCAACCAGAGGCUAUCAAAAACAAAGAGCUUUCAGCAGUUGGAGUGAAGAUGGGAUCUCAGAUGAAGAAUCUGAAGAAGGUGAAAAUAUAUGUUUCAUGGCUCUCGAAGAAGCAGCAAGAAAUUUUGAAGGAAAGAAAACUGGCUAUUUGAAUACUGAUAAGUCAACUAGAAGAAAGAGUGCACGGUUCAGUGAUUCCCAUUGUGGAAAGAAAAUCUUUUCAAACAUGUUUUUGCUUGAACACCACAAGAAAAAGAAAAAGGGAAAAUGGUAUCUAGACAGUGCGUGUUCAAGACAUAUGACAGGCGACAAAAAUCUAUUCAAAUCAGUCGCUGACUUUGAUGGAGGAUUGGUAACUUUUGGAGACAAUUCAACUGGAACGGGACUUAAGUAUAACUUGUUAAGUGUAAGUCGGCUAUGUGAUUCGGAUCUUGAGAUCGGAUUCGAUAAAUCGGGUUGUGUCAUAGAAGACUCUGCGGAACAAAGAUUCUUCCGGAAGACGAAAAUAAAAAUGUAUACACUCUGGACUCUAUCAAAAAUGCUAAAGGUCAUAUAUGCUUGGCAUCAAUGGGAGAAGAUCCGUGGAUGUGGCACGAAGCUUGGGCAUGCUAGUAUGCGAUUAAUUGAAAAACUAGCAAGACAUGAUCUUGUAAUAGGAUUGCCAAAACUCACUACACAAAAGAUCACUUGUGCGAUUCGUGUCAAAAAGGUAAACAAACUAGAAACUCCUUUAGUUCUAAAGAUAUUGUGUCUACAUCAAAGCCCCUGCAAUUACUUCAUAUGGAUUUAG